UUUUAUUUAUAAAUGUCCUUCAUUUCUCUACAAUUGCAGUUGCAUAUCACAUUUUCUCCUCUCAUUCUCAUGGCUUUAUUAAUUUCUUUAAUCAUCAUCCUAACUUUGAUAUGGUUAACUUCACUUCUAAUGAAGAUGUUUUCCAAAAAGGAACAACGAAUGUCACUUCCUCCAGGACCAAUGGGGCUACCCAUUAUUGGGAGCCUCCCUUUCUUACAUCCCGAGCUUCACACUUACUUCACUUUCUUGUCCAAGUCCUAUGGCCCGAUUUUCUCCCUCCGUCUUGGAAACAAGAUCGUUGUUGUAAUCUCCACUCCCUCUUUGGCACAAGAAGUUCUCAAAGAUAAAGACACCAUCUUUGCCAACCGAGAUGUCACUAUUGCUGGUAAAGUCGGUUUCUACGGAGGCUCGGACAUUUUGUGGAGCCCUUAUGGACCUGAGUGGAGGAUGCUAAGGAAAAUCUUCGUUCAAGAGAUGCUUAGGGGACCCAUGGUGGAUUUUUUCAAUGAAAUCCGCCAAAGGGAGGUUCGAAAGAUAGUCAAUAGUCUUUGGGUCAGGAGGAUGUCACCGGUGGAUGUUGGUGAAGAGGUGUUCAUGACAGUGCUGAAUUCAAUAACCACCGUAUUGUGGGGAGAUGAGAUGGCGGAAAAGAGUCUUGGGACUGAGUUCCGGCCCUUUGUGGAAGAAAUUAACAUAUUGUUGGGAACACCAAAUAUAUCGGAUUUAAUUCCAUGUCUAUCUUAUUUUGACUUGCAGGGUAUAGAGAGAAAGAUGAAGAGAUUGGUGAAGAGGUUUGAUAAAUAUUUCGAUUGGAUAAUAGAUGAACGGAUGAGAGAGGAUGAUAAUAAUGAGAAGAAAGAUUUUCUACAAGUUCUAUUGAAUUUGAGGAAAGGAGCAGGGGAUAAUAAAACGCCUCUAACUGUUACCCAUCUUAAAUCACUUUUAUUGGAUAUGGUUCUCGGAGGAGCAGAUUCAACAUCAAACAUGGUAAAAUUUGCAUUGGCCGAGAUGAUGAACUACCCCCAUGUAAUGAAGAAAGCGCAAAAAGAAUUAGAAGUCGUGGUAGGCAUAGACAAUAUGGUUGAGGAAUCACACCUUAAAAUAUUACCAUAUUUAUACGCAAUCAUGAAAGAGACCUUACGCUUACACCCUGGGGUGCCUCUCCUAUCUUCACGAUGUCCUACCGAGACUUCAAUCGUUGGUGGAUACACAAUCCCCAAGGGUGCUCGUGUUUUUAUCAAUGUUUGGUCCAUUCACCGAGAUCCUUCUAUUUGGGAAGAUCCGCUCAAGUUUGACCCUGAAAGGUUUAUGAGUUCAAAGUGGGACUACAGUGGAAAAGACUUGAACUACUUCCCAUUUGGAUCAGGCAGAAGAAUUUGUCCAGGCAUUCAAUUAGGAGAAAAAAUGUUUCUUAUCCUAUUAGCAUCGCUUAUUCACUCUUUCGAGUGGAAAGUGUCUCAAGGGGAGAAGGUAGAUUUAGAAGAGAAGUUUGGGUUGGUAUUAAACAAGAAGAAUCCUCUUAUGGCAAUACCAAUACCAAGGCUUUCCAAUCAGGCCGUAUAUAUGUAGGAGAGCAUUGAGUUGGAAUUGUCGGAUAAAGAGAGUUUUAUUGAUAAGUAAUAAUAAAUAUGAAGAAAAAUCGAGAAGAGUUUUAAUAGGUUUUUAGUGUUUGAUUUUUCAAAAUUCCGCUCAUUACCUUUAACAUUCUUUUCUCCCUUCUCAAGUUACAAGUGUUUGUGUAAUGUAUCUUGGUGAAUGAUAUUUGUAAUGUAAUGUUUGUGUUCAUUGUGUCAAAUUACUGAUUUACUAUGUAAUUUUUAUUGUUUUGUUUUAGUUAAUAUAUUGGUUAUGUUUAUGAUUACAUAGAAA